AUGCCUGCUACACUCACUAACGAGGAUGAGGCCACUAAGACCGUUCUCGAGUCGCUCGGCGAUCUCCCACCCACCUCCUUCCUCGCACCUUCGUCGGACCUUUCGCAGCAGCUUCGCACCGCAGUGAAGGCUCUCUUCGACACCGGAAUGUCCAACCUGGACGCCGCACGUGACGCCGCAUCUGGCGGAGGGAAAAAAGGAGCGUCCGGUUUUACCAAAUCACAGUCGUUAGCCCCGGAAAGGAAGCUUCCUGGGCUUUUCGUCGAUGGAUUUGAUUCGGAGCAGAUCUGGUGCCAGCUGGACCUCGCUAUGGCGCCGACACUUCCCCGCAUUCGACGGCGGCUGAAGCGGGCGGAGGAGCUCAUGGAAGGGAAGGCGGUGGGGAAGGACUUUUUUCGGGUUCCGAAGCUUGUCAGGGGGAAAGGCGGAAAGGGGGAAGCCGGUCAGGGGGGAGGGAAAGUACAAGGGAAGGAGAUGCGGGGGAAGGGGGGGAAAGGGGGAAAGGGGCGAGAAGGGGAAGGGGACGAGGAGGGAAGUGACGAAAAGGAGCGGGUACAGGGUUUCGGGCUGGGGGGUUCUGAAGGGGAGAGUGGUGAGGAGGAAGACGAGGAGGAUGAGGAGGGAUUGAUGGGGGAGGGGAGGAGGAGAGGGAUAGUAAUGGGUUCUGAUGAGGAGGAUGACGAGGGGGAGGGGGAUGGGGAGGAGGAGGACGAGGAUGAAUUGGCUUUGAUGGAAGAGAUCAGGAAAGCGAGGAGAGCGGAAGAGGAGGAGGGAGAGGGGGAGGAGGAGGAGGAAGGGGAUGAAGAGGAUGGGGAGGGGGCGUUUGAGGCGCUUUACAGGGCAGGGUCGCCUGGUGGGGGGCAGGAGGAGGGGGAAGAGGAUGAUGGGGACGAGGGAGGGCGGAAGAAGGCUCAGAAGAAGAGGGCACUCCUAGAUGGCGCCAUGAUCAGAUACGAGGACUUUUUCGGGAGGAAGGCGCCAGAGAGCCACCUGGAGGCCGAUAGAGCGAUGCGGGGCGAGGAGGAGGAGGAUGUGGAGGACGUUGAGGUGGAGGAGUGGGAUGGGGAGGAGGAGGAUGAGGAAGAGGAGGAAGCGGAUGGAGACGAGGGGGAGGAUGAGGAUGACGAGGAAGAGGAUGGGGAGGAGGAGGGAGGGGAGGAAGGAGGGGAGGAGGGGAAUGCAGUUGUAGCGAGAAGGAAGAAGGGGUUAUUGGAUGAGGAGGAGGAGGAGGAGGGUGGAGAGAAGGAGGAUGAGGAGCCCAAGUCACUCUAUGAAAUCCGCCUGGAGCGGCUGAGGAAGCGGAUGCGCCAGCUGGAGGCGGAGAACCUCCACGUGGAGGCGCGCCAUUGGACGAUGCGCGGCGAGGUGACAGCUGGCAGCCGCCCGAAGAACAGCGCGCUGGCGGCCGACCUGGACUUCGAGCAUGCCGCCCGGCCGGCGCCCGUGAUUACAGAGGAGGUGACUCAAACGAUCGAAGAGAUCAUCAAGAAGCGGAUUCUCAAUCAACAAUUUGAUGACGUGGAGCGGAAGGCCAAGCCUGUAGCGACACCUGUCAAGGGGAGAUUGGAGCUGGACGACAACCCCAGCGCGCAGGGACUGGCGGAGAUCUACGAGGCUCAGUUCCUCAAGGCGGCUGGUCAGGCACCUGAGGGCAUGAGCGCCACCGAGGCUAUCAAACACGAGGCGGCCCGUAUGUUCAAGCAUCUGUGCACCAAGCUGGAUGCUCUCUCACAUUUCCACUUCGCUCCAAAGCCGAUCAUGGAUGACAUUGACGUCACGGCCAACGUGCCUGCCAUUGCUAUGGAAGAGGUGGCGCCAGUGGCGGUGUCAACAGCAAGCAUGCUGGCGCCAGAGGAGGUGUUUGCAGGCGGGGAGGAGGGCGUGGGGGCGGCCCUUUUUCCCUUGCUCAAUGUCCCUUCCAAUCCCUACCCCCCACUCUCCCCAGGUGGCGCCAGUGGCGGUGUCAACAGCCAGCAUGCUGGCGCCAGAGGAGGUGUGGCGCCAGUGGCAGUGUCAACAGCCAGCAUGUUGGCGCCAGAGGAGGUGUUUGCAGGCGGGGAGGAGGGCGUGGGGGCGGCCCUUGCUCUCCAUCUCAUCGCCCCAGUUACUGAUUCCCCUUCUCUCUUCCAAUCCCUUCCCCCUCUCCCCCCCCUCCCCUACUCUCCCCAGGUGGCGCCAGUGGCAGUGUCAACAGCCAGCAUGCUGGCGCCAGAGGAGGUGUUUGCAGGCGGGGAGGAGGGCGUGGGCGCGGGCGGGGGCAGGAGGGGGAGUGCGCGGGGGAUGGUGAAGGGCGAGGGGGAGAUGGAGCGGGAGGACCGGAAGCGACUGCGCAGCAAGCUCAAGCGCAAGUGGAAGGGUGAGUGGUUGAUUUCUGCUGUUGGGGUUCUUGACCUCU